CACAGAGCGAGAGGAAGAAGGCAGGGAGGGACACAUCCUUUCCUUACCCUAGCGAGUUGAUUAAUUAAGCCGCAGAGACCCGGCUCGGACGAGGAAGAGGAACAAACCAAUGGCGGCUCGCCUGGUGCUGGUCGCGCUCCUGGUGGCGGCCGUGGCGGCGGCGGCGUGCCUCGCCGUCCCGGCCUCCGCGGGCGUGCCCGACAUGGGCGGCCUGGACGCCCUGGCAGCGGCGGGGACGACCAAGAAGCAGUGCUCGGGCGCCGUGGGCGAGUGCGGCGUGGACGAGGCGGAGGAGCUCGGGCUGAGCGGCGGCGGCGCGGGCGAGGCGCUCCGGCGGACGCUGGCGCAGCGGCAGCCCCAGAACCGGUACAUCAGCUACGCGGCGCUGCGGGCGGACCAGGUGCCGUGCAACCAGCGCGGGCGCUCCUACUACAGCAACUGCGGCUCGCAGAAGGCCGCCAACCCCUACCGCCGCGGCUGCUCCGUCAUCACGCGCUGCGCCCGCAACACCAACUGAGAUGCAGCCGUCCAUGGGGAUCCGCCGCGGCCGGCCUGCCUGACUUGCUCGCGCACAAACAUCGCAGCAUGCUGGCGUCGAUCGGUCGAUAUAUGGCCCGGCGGCGGCGGCGGUGGAGGAGGCGGCGGCGCUACGACGAUACCAACCCAAUGCAAAUAUUACUGUUCUUGAUUGAUUGACUGCCAUGUUUGUUCAUGUUCGUUUAUAAUUUGACAAGAGACUCUUUAUUGGAAAGGAAGUUGUACUUUAAGC